AUGUCUUGGAUGGACUCUUGGUCGCGGCCAUCUGCCAAUUCGAAGGUCCCAGCACCACUCUAUCUCUCAGAUGCCGACGUCCCUUACUGCCAUACCUGUGGCCGUGUGAUGAGUACUUCUUGCCCACCUCGAUGGCAAACGAAGCAAUGCACUGACACCUCACAGACUCCAAAAAGGCAACCAAAAAGCAAGGCAACGAAAUCAAAUACUGUUCAGAUCGCUGUCGAUCUCGCAAGCCCGGAGACCUCGACAGGAAAAUCGAAAAGACAAUCUCUUCCCUCCUCAACGCGGAGGAAGAUUCUGGCCUGGAGCAGACAGCCGCCAAAUCCCGCACGGUGAAAGGCGAUCACCGCAUCAUCGUCACCUGCGACGAGAUCGAAGAACUGGUGUUCGGCAGUAGAUAUGAUCCGGAAAGAACGCAUGGCCGCAACAAGAAGAAGAAACGACGUGCGAUCGGCGACCCAAGUGCGGAAUGGAAAAGCGUGGACAUGGAGGAGCUCAGCGAAGAAGAAGAGCAACCCACGACCGCGAGUAGCGAAGAUGACUCGGUAGAAGGUGGAGGCGGCGUUCGGAUUCGUCCGCCGCAGACGGAAUCGGAGGUCAACUUCAGUGUGGGUGGCGAGCGUGGCCGAGCGGAGAAGAUUGAAGAAUCGGCCGACGACCUGCAGAAGCGACGACAGGGUGCCAAGCGCGCCGAGGAGCGAGAGAUGGUCCGACGCGCCGCGAGGAGAGGCAUUGUGUUUGGCUUCGAAGUACCCAGACGGCAAGAACCGAAUCAAAAGCAGCCAAAAGGUAAAUCGAAACACAAGGGAGAUGAACAGGAAGAAGACGAGUCGACUACAGAAGUCAGAAAAGCAGAAGCCAUCAUGAAUGGCAUGGUGGUGGAGCCCUCGUUUGCAAAAGGCAAUUGGUCUAUCAGAUGGAGGGAAUGA